AAAGACCAUACGGUAUAUCGAAAUAGACGUAAGCAGUUUCUCUAAGACAUUGGGUAACGCAAAUCGGCAAUUAAACAGCUAAACAAACCUCUUUUUCUUUUUUUUGGACUAAAAACAAACCUCUAUUUAAACCACUCUUUAUCUUCUCUUGCUUCCACCAAAGGUCCAAAACCUUCCGGCAAAAACAAAGAAAGAUCACUAAAAACUAAAAAAGGCAUUAUGACAGUAUCCUACGAAAACAGCAGAACACAUGUCUUGAUCUUCCCAUUUCCGGCGCAAGGCCACAUGAUUCCCCUCCUCGACUUCACCCACCGCUUAGCUCUCCGAGGCGGGGCCGCCUUAACAAUAACCGUCUUAGUCACCCCAAAGAACUUACAUUACCUCUCUCCGCUCAUCUCCGCCGGAGUUAACAUCGAAACACUUAUCCUCCCUUUUCCUUCUCACCCUUCAAUCCCUUCAGGCGUCGAAAACGUUCAAGACCUACCUCCUUCUGGCUUCACUUCAAUGAUUCACGCGCUUGGUAGUCUCCACGCGCCGCUUCUCUCUUGGAUUACUUCUCAUCCUUCUCCUCCUGUAGCCAUCGUCUCUGAUUUCUUCCUUGGCUGGACCCAAAACCUCGGAAUCCCUCGUUUCGAAUUCUCUCCCUCUGCUGCUAUCACUUGCUGCAUCCUCAAUUCACUCUGGAUCGAGAUGCCUACCGACAAAAAAGAUGACGAGAUAUUUGAGUUUCCGAAGAUCCCGAACUGUCCGAAAUAUCCUUGGUCUCACCUCUCUACGACUUACAGAAGUUACGUUCACGGAGAUCCAGCUUGGGAAUUCAUAAGAGACGCGUUUACAGAUAACGUGGCGAGUUGGGGACUCCUCGUGAACUCUUUCACCGCCAUGGAAGGCGUCUAUCUCGAGCAUCUUAAGCGAGAUAUGGGCCAUGAUCGUGUAUGGGCCGUAGGUCCAAUUCUUCCAGUAUCUGGGAAUGAUCGUGGCGGGCCGAACUCUGUUUCUGUCGAUCACGUGAUGUCGUGGCUAGACGCACGUGAGGAUGACCACGUGGUGUACGUGUGCUUUGGAAGUCAAGCUGUUUUGACCAAGGAGCAGACGCUUGCCAUCGCUUCUGGGCUUGAGAAAAGCGGUGUCCACUUCGUAUGGGCCGUAAAGGAGCCCGUUGAGAAAGAUUCACCACGUGGGAACAUCCUAGACGGUUUCGACGAUCGUGUGGCUGGGAGAGGUCUGGUAAUCAGAGGAUGGGCUCCACAAGUGGCUGUGCUACGUCACCGAGCCGUGGGAGCGUUUCUAACACACUGCGGUUGGAACUCCGUGAUGGAGGCGGUUGUGGCCGGCGUUUUGAUGCUGACUUGGCCGAUGAGAGCUGACCAGUACACAGACGCAUCUCUGGUGGUCGACGAGCUGAAAGUGGGCGUGCGUGCAUGCGAAGGACCUGACACGGUGCCUGACCCGGAUGAGUUAGCUAGAGUUUUCGCUGAUUCGGUGACCGGAAAGCAAACGGAGAGGAUCAAAGCGGCAGAGCUGAGGAAAGCAGCGUUGGAUGCUAUCCAAGAACGUGGGAGCUCUGUUAAGGAUUUAGAUGGUUUUAUCCAACAUGUCGUUAGUUUAGGACUAAACAAAUGAUUUAGUCAUAUACAAUUCAAAUUAUGGUCUAUUUGUCUCUUUAAUAUGUUCCUCACCAAUUUUAAAACCUGCUUGACUCUAUUAAAUUGUUGUACGAUGAUAUAUUAGCAUUUCUGAAUCAUAAAAUGUGUUAUACGAUUGUGCUGUAAAA